AUGGCCCCGGCUCGGGCCGCUGCUCUUCCAGCAGCAGGUCCCCCUGCUGGCCCCGCCCUCCUCUGCCUUUUGAGGUGUUUUGUGCCCUUGACGUCAGCUCGUACUGGCUCCGCCUCCGGACGAAUCGCGACAUUUUCUGUGCUUCCUGAGAAGAGUUUCGCGCAAUUGGGGCUACGGGACAAAAAGGUGAUGGUCACUUUUUCCCUAGUAGACAUGCUGCUGGGCUUUAUCUACCCAGCAUUCCUAUCCCCUCCAGACCCACAAGUGUGGACCUUUAUCUGGACUCUGCUUCCUCUCUGGGGAUACCAGGUCUUGGAGCAAGAGAACUUGGCAGGCUCUCCCCAUGGCGGUCCUAUUCCUCCUCCUGUUCCUAUGUGGAACUCCCCAGGCUGCUGCAGGUCUCUGGCCUCAUACAACUCUCUUCCCACAGGCAACAUCCAGGCCAUCUAUGUGGCCUCGGGGGAGGCAAUGGAGCUGCCAUGUCCCUCACCACUCACUGUACAUGGGGAUGGACACCUGUCUUGGUUCCACAGCCCUGGAGCAGGCUCCUUCACCACCCUGGUAGCCCAAGUCCAACUGGGCAGGCCAGCCCCAGACCCUGGAAAACCAGGAAGGGAAUCCAGGCUCAAACUGCUGGGGAACUAUUCUUUGUGGCUGGAGAGCUCCAAGGAGGAAGAUGCUGGGCGGUACUGGUGUGCUGUGCUGGGUCAGCACCACAACUAUCAGAACUGGAGGGUGUAUGAUGUCUUGGUGCUCAAAGGAUCCCAGUUAUCUGCAAAGGCUGCAGAUGGAUCCCCCUGCAAUGUCCUUGUGUGCUCUGUAGUCCCCACCAGACGCAUGGACUCUGUGACCUGGAUGGAAGGGAAGGGUCCCGUGAGGGGCCGUGUUCAGUCCUUCUGGGGCAAUGAGGGUGCCCUGCUCUUGGUGUGUCCUGGGGAGGGGCUUCCUGAGUCCAGGAGCCGAAGAUCAAGAAUCAUCCGCUGCCUCGUGACUCACAACAAAGGGGUCAGCUUUAGCCUGGGAGGUCUGGCCUUUACUACAGCCUCCAUGGAUGCCUCUCCUGCCAUCUGUACCCCUUCCACGGGCUGGGACAUGCCUUGGAUUCUGAUGCUACUGCUCACAAUGGGCCAGGGAGUCAUCAUCCUGGCCCUCAGCAUCGUGCUCUGGAGGCAGAGGGUCCAUGGGGCUCAAGGCAGAGGUGAGUCCCUCCCUCCCUGA